ACAGUCUGUCGUUCACUGACGAAAGUGGAAGUAACUUUGAAGAUGAAUAAAUUGAUCGUGCUUCUCGGUCUCGUCGCCCUUGCGGCUGGUAAGUUUUUCCAAAUAAAUAUUUCUGUGGAAAUACUUGUCGCAAUUGAUGAAAAAUGUGUCCCAAAUUACUUGUCGCAUUUGUAUAUAUUUUUGUAUAUUUUCGAUUAUUGAUACGAUUUAUUUUAUUUGGUGAAGAUAGUAGAUUUAUUAACAUGUCGUACCACCGUGAAUUUUCUCUUCAAGCCACUUGGAACUUUCAUUGUAAAACGAAGUUUAAAAAUUGUUUAAAAAUUUAUUAUAAAAUCAUGUAUUAUGCGUUUAUCUUAUCGUGGGACGUAUACGCGGCGAGACGAUCAUUUUUUCCGACUGUCUGUUAAGAUCAACUCAAUUCGAUAAGAAGACGCUGUAAAAGUUGUUAUCAAAAUAACGUUAAAAUGAAUAUUACUUAUUAAUAUUAUUGCAUAGUAUUAUAUAAUUUCUGUAAUAAAUUAUUAUUAUUUAAUUAUUUAGUAGAACAAUAAAACUAAAAAUAUUUGGAACAAAACGUCUUAUUUUGACAUCAUGAAAAAAUUGUUUGUUCAAAUAAUACCUCAAAAAAUUGAAUUUAUUACUUUCUUCUGUAAUGCAUCUUAAACACUUUUUGUUGAUAAUUAUAGUUUUUGCACUGUUAUAAAAAAAUUGUAAGACACGCUUCAGCGGUAAAAUUAUUAAUGGUAAUAGCAUGGGGCGUAAAAUAACCAAAAAUCGGCCCGGCACGGAACCAAGUGUUAACCAAUUAAAAAAAAAAAUCAUUCGAUCGUCAUUUAUUUAUCCAAGUAGGCCAGAACAACGAUAAUUUAACAUUUUCGAAGGCACACCAGCUGUAACAUCUCAAAAGAUCUGUGCAGAGUCGAAACGAUGGGUGAUAAUUUGAAAGUUAAAGUGAAAAAGCCUGAGAUGAAUAACGCGGUAUACAUCACGCUGUUCUGAAAUUUUUCACAGCGUUGUGAAGAUGAUAAACUGGAGCGUAGCAUAAACUCGCUGCAUCGGAAGAAUUUGAUGUGCAUCGUCGAACUGUAUCCCGUUUAUAGAAACAAGCAAAGCUUUCAAAGACAUGCGGUAGUUCAACUCUCAAAAAAAUUGGCAGCCCCAUAAACCAGACGGAGGACUUCGUAAACGAGAUAGAGGACUCGAUCAACGAAACAGAGGACGAUAGCGAGAUGGAAGACCUGACAGUCGAGAUGGAAGACCUAACAGUCGAGAUGGAAGACCAGACAGACGAGAUGGAAAAUCUCACAAACGAGACGGUGUAUUACGAGAUCGAGCGAAUGGACGGUCGCAUCAUAGGCGGCGAAGCAACCACCAUCUACGCAGCACCGUAUCAAGUGAGCCUGCAAACGAACGGCCGCCACUUCUGCGGGGGUAGCAUAAUCGCUAAGAAAUGGGUCUUAACCGCUGGACACUGCGCCACACACGCCGCCAACCAAUACCGGAUACGCGCAGGUUCGACCAAGGUCCACAGCGGUGGUUCGCUGCAUCGAGUCAAGAAAGUGAUCAGGCACAAAUCCUACUCGAGGCCAAAAGGUAUACCCGUCAACGACAUCGCGCUGCUUCAUCUCGUAGGCUCGUUCAAACUCGACAAAUCGAGGAAAGCAGUGCCACUGUAUCAGGGGAGUUCCUCGUCCCUCAAGGGCAAACACGCGCUGGUCACCGGUUGGGGUACUACGAGCUCGGGCCACCCGGAAACUCUGCACAAGGUAACGGUUCCCCUGGUCUCGAAAGGCUCGUGCAAGAAAUCGUACCACGACUACGGCGGCAUACCUAAGGGAGAGAUUUGCGCCGGAGUCGCGAAGGGUGGCAAAGACUCCUGUCAAGGUGACUCCGGUGGUCCCUUGGUCGUCGACGGCAAACUCGUAGGAAUCGUCUCCUGGGGUAAAGGGUGUGGAACGCCGCAUUAUCCAGGAGUUUACACCGACGUCGCCUACUAUCGUAAAUGGAUCAAACGUCACAGCGGAGUGUAAUCUGCUCGCCUAUUGAUAAGGCACUCGACCGAAAGAUGCACGAAUUGUAACGAGAGCGAAUGUGAUCGCGGCUCUAUAAAACAGAGUGUAAAUAUGUGCUAAUUUAUAAUGGGAAUAAAUGGAACAGAUUCAAGUGAAAAGACUUGCCUUCACUCAUUUCCUCGAGACUCACUGUGUUUCUAUAAAGUAGUACUAAAUUAAUGCUACGUCGCGUCAACCCUAAUAAAUAGCGAUUGUACGAAAAACAAAUAUGUUUUUUUCUCAUGGUUGCUAAAACGUCACCUGCUUUUCUAUUCGAGUUGAAUAGAUAUUUGAAUAAUACUCAGCGUAAAAAUAUUUGAUGAACAUAUUACGAAUAUAUUAUUGCGUAUGCGUUUUGGACGAAACUUCUUAAAACUUUAUUUUCAUCAGAAGUUUCUUUCCAACGAAAAUAAGGAAGCCUUCUUACUUCUGAAGAGUAAAAACAAUAAAAUUAAGUUACGAUCAAUCGCGUGACGACGACGAUCUACGAUAAGAUUACUAAUGGAUAUCUUGCAGUCAUCAUCGCAUUAUCAAUUCGUAUUAAAAAUCAAUAGAACUGUUGGAAUUUUAAUACUGCCAACGCGAAAAAAAAAUCUAUGAUCUGUGAAUGAUUUUUAUUCGGACAUCCCGACUCUAAUUUAUUUCAUUUUAAUUUUGUUUUGUCGUAAGAUUAAUUUUAUACUAUGAUAAACUUUUCAAAAAUGAAGAUCGUCGUAAUAUUAGAUAUAUCUUUAUGUAUUUAGAAAACUUUACACUUGAGAAAUAAAGAAUCAACAAAACUGCUAUGUUGUCAUGUCCUUCAUGUAUUUCUCAUGUUUUUAUACCGUAACCAUAAUCUCAUGAAUUGAAUAUAUUAAGAUCAGAUUUUUCCCAACCUAUUAUUCGUAUUAUUAUUAUAGCAUUAAUGUAACUCCAUAUUAUAAAC